AAACAUGCAUUUAACAAAAGACAAUGUUGUUGUGGGGGAUGAGAUCGAGUUUGGAAUUGAGGAGAGUCUUGGACAUGUGCAGAAGCUACUCCUUGAGAUGCAUGGAGAUAAAGUUAUACAGAUUGAUGCAGAAUCAGGUGAAACAUUGACUGCCAUUGAGGCCUUGAACAAAUCCAUUAAAUUGGCGAAGAAACUAGUCGAAUUGGGCGUGAAGAAGGGUGAUGCUGUCACAGUCAACAGUGAAAAUCGUAUUGAGUAUGUCAUGGUCCCUCUGGCAUGUUUUUAUAUCGGCGCCAUCUUUGCUCCGCUCAAUCCAGACUACACUAGUGGUGAAUUAAAUCAUGUUGUGAACUUAUCCAAACCAAAGGUCGCGUUUUGUUCCUCGUCCACUCUUAAACUAAUGAUUAAACUGAAGCAACAGCACGCAUUUAUGGAACAUCUUAUUCUUUUCGGCAAGAAGCCCAGCAAUAAUCUGCCAAUGUAUGAAGAUAUUAUUCGAGGCGUCACUAAAGAUACUUGUAUUGAUGAUUUUGAGCCUGUGGAUUUGGAUGCGAAGGAACAUGUGGCCACCAUUUUGUGUUCAUCAGGUACAACGGGUAUGCCGAAGGGUGUCAUGGCGACGCAUCGCAAUAUGACAGCGUUUAUGGAGAUUGCACGCACGCGCGUGCAAGAAUUGUACGAGUUUGAGGAGAAUAUGUCCGCGCAGGGCAUCGUCACCUUUGGUCUGACGCCGUUUUUCCAUUCGAUGGGUUUCAUGACGAUGUACAUGAACUGCCUCGGUGGGAAUUUGAUUAUUGUGAUUAAGAAGUUCAAGGCUAAGUUAUUUUUGGAAGCUAUAGAAAAAUUCAAGGUGACGACGUUGAUUGUGCCACCGCCGGUGCUUCUAGUGCUCACUAAACAUCCUCUAGCGAAAAAUUAUGAUUUUUCUAGUUUGAGAGACAUUCGCUCGGGUGCUGCGCCCAUGGGCAAGGAAAUGGAAGUUGAAUUACGUGAAAAAUUUAAGUUGAGACAUGUUUCUCAGUCGUAUGGCAUGACUGAAACAACACUGGGCGUGCUUGUAAGUAGCCUCAGCGAGUGCAGAGUUGGUUCUGUGGGGAAAAUUGUGCCGGGAAAUAUGUGCAAGGUUGUUGACGAGGCUGGUAAUGCCCUCGGGCCGAACCAGGAGGGUGAGUUGUGCUUCCAAGGCCCGCUUAUCAUGAAGGGUUAUGUGAAUGAUCCUACGUCUACAGCGAAUACGAUUGAUAAGGACGGCUGGUUGCACACUGGUGAUAUAGCGUAUUUUGAUAAAGAUUUCUAUUUCUUUAUCGUCGAUAGGAUUAAGGAGCUGAUUAAGUACAAGGCUUUUCAGGUUGCUCCAGCCGAACUAGAGGCACUCUUACUGCAACAUCCGCAAGUUUCUGAUGUGGGUGUUAUUGGUUUGCCUGAUCCGGACGCUGGGGAACUGCCGCUGGCGUUUGUUGUCCGAAAGGAUGGCGCCAAAGUCACGGAAAAGGAACUACAAGAUUAUGUUGCAGGUAAAGUCUCGCGUCAAAAGAGACUGCGUGGUGGAGUUAUAUUCCUGGAGGAGAUUCCGAAAAAUCCCUCUGGUAAGAUUUUACGACGAGUAUUAAAGCAGCGAGCCAUUGCGACCGCUUCCAGGUCAAAACUUUAAUUUUCUUCACUGAGAGGAGUCUUUUCUGUUUUUUCAUAUAUUUUAUGCGUGUUUUUGUUUUCUAAAGUUUUUUAUUGUUGGUACAUUUAUGUGUUUGCAGUGCAAAUAGUACAAAUUUGUAAAUAAAGAAUAACGGUUUGAAGGUGUUAUUCCUUCGGUGUUUCCUCUUGGUGGCAAAUCAAAUCCGAUUAUAACAUUUUAGUUUAACAGA